AUGUGCAAAUCCGAUGCAACAACGAUCACGCGCAAGCCACUACAGUUCCUUUUUUCAUUGGACUCAUUCUCCUCCAAAGAUGGCUAUCCCCCGUCGUACAUGUCCUUCGCCUUAACGUGCGCUUUAGUGGUCGGGUUUCUGGUUGGGACGGAAUUGAUUGCCCGUGAGAUCUUAUUUUCUUUCAAAGAGAGUCAUCCGCUUCUGGCGGUGGAAGUCAACCGUCUCAUUCUUGCCCGUCACAUUGGUGUCGACACGCUCAGUUGUGGAAUCUGUGCCUGGCUUGGAUGGAAUGCUCGACACUUGUGUUCUGGUAUUUUCAGCGCAGUACGCGGCGAUACUAGCCACGUCCCCGUCGCAGCCUUUGAUGCCCGCAUGUUCACAUAUCAUCCGGCAGGCUUCCGAAUAUCGCUCUUUUUCUUUGCCUACCAAAUCAAGAAUCUUUACGAUACGAUUGCUUGGAAUGAUGGACCAGAGUUUAUUUUUCAUCACAUCUUUAGCUUGAUAACAGCCUGGGGUGCUUUGUAUCCUUCGAGUGGACACAUCUAUACCAUCUUCUUCUUUGGUUUGAGCGAAAUCUCGACGGCCGUUCUCUGUUUAUUGGCCAACUUUGACGACAUUCACGGUGUGCCUGGUCUCGGCGAAGCCUUUCCCAUCAUAAAGGUUGCCGUUGGUGCCGCCUUUGUGGUACUCUUUAUUCUCUGCCGUUGCAUUCUAUGGCCCAUCUUUUCUUAUUACUUUUGUCGGGACGUUCUAACGGCUCUGCGGGCCACACCGAACGAUCCUCGCACGAAUGCACGCAGAGGUUGGCUCAAAUUCUUUUUGGUAGCCUUGUCCGGCCUUUCCGUCUUGCAAGUGGCUUGGUUGGGUCAAAUUUUUGUCAUUGCACAAGAAGAAUUGGGCAAGGCAGGAUUCUUGUAGGACGAAAAGAAGAUCGCACGUGAAAUACAUCGGUUUGCUUUGGAGUUGGAAUGAAAUUUAUCCCUUUUGCUAAUCAUAUGCGCAUUGCUGCAGCCGUUU